AUGGGUGCAGAAAAGGCGAAGAUCAUCAGCGAUUCGAACCUAGUACUAAGUCAAUUGCGAGGAAGCUUUGCUGUGAAGGAAGCAACCCUGGCACCAUAUCGGACAGCUGCUGAAAGGCUCAUUAAUUCUUUCAAGCAAAUUGUGAUGGAACACAUUCCAAGAGUCACCAAUAGGUACGCUGAUGCGUUGGCCACAUUGGGAUCAAAGCUCUCAUUUGUGCAAGAGCAGCCCAACAUCACCGUGAUAAGGAGAGGCACACCAGUGAUCGAAGCAAUGGCCCAGGAGGACCUGCUGGAAGACGAUGAUUGGAGAAAGCCACUGAAGAAAAAAUUAGGUGAGGGGAGCAGCAUUAAAGAUUUGAAGGAUUAUGUGAUAAUCUGUGAGGAACUCUACAGACGUCUUCCGGGAGGUGUUCUGACCCGGUGUGUCGGGGUGGCAGAAGCAAGAAGAAGGUUGCAAGAGGUACGCGAUGCCACUUGCAGCUUGGAACCAGUGAUCAGCCUGGACCGGCGCUUGCAACGCAAAGGUUAUUAUUGGCCAGAGAUGAAGAGGCAAGCAGCUGAACUACAAUCCAAUUGUCCCACAUGUUCUACGAUACUCUCCACAGAGGAGUCGUUCACUAUUUCAUUCGCAGAAGAUUGGAGAGCUCCAUACUUGGCAUUCUUUGUUGGAGGAACUUUGCCAACCAACUCCAAGCUUGCCUACAAGCUCAAAAAGACCAUAAAGAGGUUCGGAAUCCCAUACAAGAUGGUCACCGACAAUGGCACGCCUUUUGUUAACAAGCAAGUGAGUUCAACCCUUAGUGGGUACAGUAUCAAGCAUCGUUGCUCUAUGCCUUAUUACCCGCAAGGAAACGGUCAAGCAGAGGCUACCAAUAAGACGAUAUUAAGGAUUCUAAGCAAGAUGGUAUAUGAGUAUCAAGGAGGCUGGAGUGUUCACCUGCCGGAUGCUUUGUGGGUUUACCGCACCUCACCAAGGAGCGCUACAGCCAGAGUAUCAGCUGUUAAUCACCUGGAAUGGGAUACAAAGUCAUGCUCGGAUUGGCGCUUGCUGGACCUCGAAGUUUUGGAUGAAAAAAGAGCAGAAGCCGAAAGGAGGACAUCGUUGUACCACAAAACUGUAGCCCAAGCUUACAACAGGACAGUCAAACCUCGAUCCUUCAAGCAAGGAGACCUCGUGCUAAAAGUCGUGGAGCAUGUAAGAAGACAAGUGUCGAGACCUUCCAAGUUUGACCCACAAUGGGAAGGCCCAUUCACAGUCAAAGAGGCUUACAGCAACGGCUAUUAUCGCUUGGUCUCUGUCAAAGAAGGCACGCUGACGGAUCCCAUCAACGGGAAGUGCCUCAAGCCUUACUACUGCUAA